AUGGUUAAGCAUUGGACAGAGUCUGAUAUGAUUCUUGCGUUAAAUACGCUUCGUACGAACCCACAUUUAAAAGUUAAGAAGGUUGCGCGGAUCUAUAAAGUACCUUAUACGACAUUGCUUAAUCGAACUCAUGGAAUAUUAUCACGACAAGAUUCUAUCGCUAAAUCUCGAAAACUUACAGAGAUUGAAGAAAUGGUUAUCGUACGAGAUAUUCUCGACCUAGAUUCUCGAUCAUUUCCCCCACGAGUACGUUGUGUUGAAGAUAUGGCGAAUCGUAUCCUCUCGGAGCGGGGUGCAGGACGCGUUGGCAAGAACUGGACUUCGAACUUCGUACGACGACAACCUGAACUUAAGACGCGUUUUAAUCGAAGGAUUGAUUAUCAAAGAGUCCAAUGCGAAAAUUCAGACGCGUAUAACGCGUGGUUUCGCCUCGUACGAAAUAUAAUUGACAAAUAUGGGAUUCAGGAGGAGGAUAUUUAUAACUUUGACGAGACUGGGUUUUGUAUGGGCCAAAUUACAUCAGAAAUGGUUGUUACAAGUACCGAAAGGCUUUCUCGGCCUCGUACAGUACAGCAAGGAAACCGGGAAUGGGCAACAGUAAUUCAAGGUGUUGGGUCGUACGGCUUUGUAGUGCCUCCAUAUAUCAUUUUGGCGGGGAAGAACCACCUCUCCUCCUGGUACGAAAACAGCCAAUUACCACGCGACUGGGUAAUUGCUGUAACUACAAAUGGCUGGACAACAAAUGAGCGAGCCCUAGAUUGGAUUUUUCAUUUCGAUCGGCAUACAAAGCUUCGUACGAAGGGCAUUCACCGGCUGCUUGUGCUUGAUGGCCAUGAAAGCCACCACUCAGUCGAUUUUGAGCUUUUUUGUAAGAGUAAUAACAUUAUUACUCUUUGCAUGCCAGCUCAUUCCUCUCAUAGACUCCAGCCACUCGAUGUAGGAUGUUUUCGAGCGUUAAAAAGGUCGUACGGUGCUGAACUUGAGAAAUUAAUGCGACUCCACAUUACAUAUGUUUCUAAGGAGGAUUUCUUAUCAACAUUCUAUACUGCCUUUCGUACGACAAUGACUGAAUCAAACAUUCGAGGAGGAUUUCGAGGAUCUGGCUUAGUGCCGUACGACCCAGAUUCUGUGAUUUCACAGCUUGAUAUACGUCCAAGGACUCCGUCACGUCCAUCUACCUCAACAAGCCUCCUAGCUAUUUGGGAACCAAAGACCCCAAAUAACAUAACAGAGGCAUAUUCCCAGACGUCAUAUAUACAAAACAAGGUCGUACGACACCAAGAUAGUUCUCCGACCCAGAUUCUAUAUGGCCUAGACCAGCUUGCAAAGGGUGCACAGCGUGCAAUCACUGAGGUAGCUUUAUUACGAGCUGAGAAUGCUACACUUCGUACAGCAAAUGAUCAACUUAGUCGGCGUCGUCGUACGAAAAAGCGCCGAUUACAGGAAGGAGGAUCACUUACUCUCCAAGAUGCGCAAGAUUUAGGGGUCCUUAGUAAUGUUGAUUCGCAAGAACAAGUGGUUUUAGUAGAAAAUAGUAAUUGUACGAGCCCGAGUCUAGUACCUCGCCGGCGCUGUGGACUAUGUGGGAAACAUGGCCAUAACAUACGAACUUGUCAAAAAGGAGAAGAAAUAUGUGAGGAUUCCGAUUCUGAAUACUGUAAUUAA